GCCGCGGGACUCCGGCAGCCCCGCAGCGCUCCGGCUCCUCCUCCUCUCGCGACCGUCCUCGCAGCGAUGGACGGAGACGGUGACCCAGAGAGCGUGGGCCAGCCGGAGGAGGCGAGCCCGGAGGAGCAGCAGGAGGAGGCGUGCGCGGAGGAGGCGAGCGCCGGCGAGGAGCGGCCCGCGGAGGAGGAGGAGGAGGCGGCCUACCUGGACGAGCUGCCCGAGCCGCUGCUGCUGCGCGUGCUGGCCGAGCUGCCGGCCGCCGAGCUGGUGCAGGCCUGCCGCCUGGUGUGCCUGCGCUGGAAGGAGCUGGUGGACGGCGCCCCCCUGUGGCUGCUCAAGUGCCAGCAGGAGGGGCUGGUGCCCGCCGGCGGCGCCGAGGACGAGCGCGACCACUGGCAGCAGUUCUACUUCCUGAGCAAGAGGCGGCGCAACCUGCUGCGCAACCCGUGCGGGGAAGAGGACUUGGAGGGCUGGUGCGACGUGGAGCACGGUGGGGACGGCUGGAGGGUGGAGGAGCUGCCCGGAGACUGUGGGGUGGAGUUCGUCCACGACGACAGCGUCAAGAAGUUCUUCGCCUCCUCCUUUGAGUGGUGUCGCAAAGCGCAGGUCAUCGACCUGCAGGCUGAGGGCUACUGGGAGGAGCUGCUGGACACCACUCAGCCGGCCAUCGUGGUGAAGGACUGGUACUCGGGCCGCAGCGACGCCGGCUGCCUGUACGAGCUCACGGUGAAGCUGCUGUCGGAGCACGAGGACGUGCUGGCCGAGUUCGACAGCGGGCAGGUGGCAGUGCCGCCGGACAGCGACGACGCGGGCUGGAUCGAGAUCUCCCACACCUUCACCGACUACGGGCCCGGCGUCCGCUUCGUCCGCUUCGAGCACGGGGGGCAGGACUCCGUCUACUGGAAGGGCUGGUUCGGGGCCCGGGUGACCAACAGCAGCGUGUGGGUGGAGCCCUGAGUGACCCCUCCUGCGGCUUCCCCCAGCUGCCCUACCUGGGCAAAGGCCCGGGGUAGACAGCCUUAGUCAGCAGCAUCCUCACCUUCCCCACCCCCACGCACUCCUCUCCCGCCCCUCACUCCAAGCCCAGCCCCCACACCGGGAGAGAGGGUUUGGUUGGCAUAUAUUUGCGUCUAGAACAGGAGAUGGGUGAGGGCAUGGGCCUGGUCCGGGCCCACCGCUGAAUCCCCCGCACCUAGCACAGUGCCUGCCACAAAGUGGGCGCUCAAUAAAUAUUAUUUGUCCAAGGAAG